AUGUGCGACGAAGACGUAGCUGCAAUUGUUAUCGAUAAUGGUUCCGGUAUGUGUAAAGCCGGUUUCGCUGGAGAUGAUGCUCCACGUUCAGUGUUUCCCAGUGUUGUCGGUCGUCCACGUCAUCAAGCCGUUAUGGUUGGUAUGGGUCAAAAAGAUUCGUAUGUUGGUGAUGAAGCACAAAGUAAACGUGGUAUUCUAACAUUGAAAUAUCCAAUUGAACAUGGUAUCAUUACCAACUGGGAUGAUAUUGAAAAAAUAUGGCAUCACACAUUCUACAAUGAACUUCGUGUUGCUCCUGAAGAACAUCCAGUUUUGUUAACUGAAGCACCUUUGAAUCCAAAGGCCAAUCGUGAAAAAAUGACACAAAUUAUGUUUGAAACAUUCAAUUCACCCGCUAUGUACGUUGCAAUUCAAGCUGUCUUGUCACUUUAUGCUAGUGGUCGUACAACGGGUAUCGUGUUGGAUUCUGGAGAUGGUGUUACACACGAUGUCCCAAUUUAUGAAGGUUACGCAUUACCACAUGCCAUUCUUCGUUUGGAUUUGGCUGGACGUGAUUUAACUGAUUAUUUAAUGAAAAUUUUGACAGAACGUGGUUACUCGUUUGUCACAACAGCUGAAAGAGAAAUUGUUCGUGAUAUCAAAGAAAAAUUGUGCUAUGUUGCAUUGGAUUUUGAACAAGAAAUGGCAACAGCUGCAUCAACAUCAUCAUUAGAAAAAUCAUAUGAAUUGCCCGAUGGACAAGUAAUCACAAUUGGAAACGAACGUUUCCGAUGUCCAGAAAGUUUAUUUCAACCAUCUUUCUUGGGAAUGGAAGUUGCUGGUAUUCAUGAAACCACCUUCAAUUCAAUCAUGAAAUGUGACAUUGAUAUCCGUAAAGAUUUAUAUGCCAAUACUGUUUUAUCUGGAGGUACCUCAAUGUAUCCAGGUAUUGCUGAUCGUAUGCAAAAAGAAAUAACAGCCUUAGCACCAUCAACAAUGAAAAUCAAAAUUAUUGCACCACCUGAACGAAAAUACUCAGUAUGGAUUGGUGGAAGUAUUUUAGCAUCAUUAUCAACAUUUCAACAAAUGUGGAUUAGUAAACAAGAAUACGAUGAAGCAGGUAUGGCAUAA